CUGGAGCAGAGAGGGGGCAAUUAUUUCUCUCACAGCAUGAAUCGAACAUUUGACAGGAUAAUGAAAGUAUACUACGCAGUGCUCGCUGCAAUCGGUGUUCCAGUUAAUCUGGCGGCCAUUGUGAUCCUUUCCCGAGGAAACUGCGGCCUGUCUACUUGCACGACCUAUUACCUGGUGUCUAUGUCAGCGGCGGAUUUAAUGGUCGUCAUCACUGAGGUCAUAUUGAUACAGUUCCAAUAUUUUUAUUAUCCACUAUGCUUCCUGAACAUCACUCCCAUGUGCAGCAUUAUAGAUGUCCUGGCUCGUGUAGCAGCAGACUGUUCCGUUUGGUUCACUGUCACCUUUACCAUUGAUCGAUUUAUGGCCAUUUGUUGCCAGAAACUGAAGACUAAAUAUUGCACCAAGACCACUGCAGUUGUGGUUUGCUCAACAACCUGCAGUCUCCUCUUUUUAAAGAAUAUUCCCUUCUACUUUGUGUACGAACCUGGAAAGAUUGUUGAUAAUGUACCAUGGUUCUGUGUCAUAAAACCAAGCAUUUAUAUUGAUCCUGGAUGGUUGGCCUUUGACUGGCUCGAUACGAUCUUAACACCAAUUCUCCCAUUUGUUCUCAUUCUAUUCCUUAACGCUCUUACAGUAAGACAUAUUUUAUUGGCUAGUCGGGUUCGCAAGGAACUGAAGGGGCAGAGCAAGAGUGGGUGUCUCAGAGACUCAGAGUUGGAGAGCAGAAGGAGAUCUGUGCUUUUACUCUUCACCAUAUCUGGCAGUUUCAUACUGCUGUGGCUGGCCUAUGUUAUAUUUUUCAUAUAUUACAUAUUCACAGGCAUUGAACACAGUAAUUAUGUUCUGUUUUGGUAUAUAUUUGGAAAAGUCUGUUGGAUGCUCCGGACCCUAAAUUGCUGCACCAACACAUUUAUCUACGGGGUGACUCAGUCACAGUUCAGAAAACAGGUGAAAAGUGCGGUGAAGUAUCCACUCACAGCAAUUAUUCGAUUAAUUAAUAAAGACAUCAUAUUAUUCCUGGACAGCCAGAUGUCCAUCUGUAUCAGGCAGUUGCUACAUACAACAUUAGACUGA